AUGGGCGAACAAGCCCGGUCAACGAGUGGUGUCAAUGAGUCUGAGGAGGAAAAGCCGAUCCUUCGAAUCGCUCAUCGAAAGAUUGACAGGAGGCUCCUGCUAUGGUACUCAUUCGUGUACCUUAUUAUGCGAAUUCAUGUCAGCAAUAUUAGUAACGCAGCCAUCAUCAACCUGGAAGAAGGUACCGGCAUACGAAAACAGCUUGGAAAUCUGUCGAGUUCGCAAUGGGCUUGGGCACUAAGUAUUUUCUACUACCCUUACAUGGUCUUUGAGCCGCUCGCGACGCUUGCUCUGAAACGAUUCUCACCAUCUAUUUGGAUGAGCCGAGUUAUGAUCACAUGGGUAUCUCGGGACUUCAAGACGGAAGAAGAUGUCGCUGACACACUCGAUAGGGAAUCAUCUCAAUGUGUCAGGGAGCGACUCAGAACUAUGCCGGAAUUCUGGCUUGCCGUUUCUUUCUCGGACUGGCAGAAGCUGGCUUCUAUCCUGGAGUUUUGUAUCAUCUCAGCUUCUGCCUAUGCGAUUUCUUUUAUGAAUGGCGUUGGCGGCCUUGCUGGCUGGAGAUGGCUCUUCAUUCUUGAAGGCAUUCCGGCUAUCCUUUACCCAGAAACAGCCAAUUUCCUCACAGAAUCCGAAAGAGACAUCGUUCUCGCCGACCUUCCCGAGCAAGCACCAACAAUGAAAGCUAAGACUAUCAACUUUGAGCAAGUUAAAGAACUCUUCCGCAGCUCUACUUUCAUACCAUUCUUGAUGAUCUGGAUUACUCAUGGAAUCGGAGGAUGGGGUAUCUCCUUCGUCUUGCCAACCGUCAUUUAUGAACUCGGCAUAUCUAACACGGCCAUCUCGCAAGUCAUGACAAUGCCACCCUUCACCUUGGUCUUUGUCAUUCUUCUAUCGCUCGCCUUUCUCGUUCAUACCCGGAGACUGAGCCCUUGGGUUGCUGGUCUCGGGUUAGAGGCAGCUCAAAUUGUUUGUUACGUGCUGCUAAUCACAGUGAAACAUCCCAUUGCCAAGUACAUAUUCGUCAUGAUUGCAACUGCCGCAUCGCAAAGCUUCUUUGCUAUCAUCUGGCCAGAGAGGAUUCGAGCAGCGAAGGGGACUACGACUGCAGGUCUGGCAAUUGGUCUCACCAACGCAUCGUGUCAGCUCAUGGGUAUAGUCCCGUAG